AUGGCCGGCCAAAAGCAACAGACUGCCAAACGCACCACGGGCGCCGUUCCCCUCGGCCUCAAGAAGAAAGGAGGGCGCCCCUCCAUAGGCGGGAAGACUUCGCGAAAGACGACAGGGACUCCAAAAGCCUCCAGGCGAAAGAGCGGAGCAGCGCAAGACGAAGAUGCCACCCGUAAGGCUCGCCGCUACAAACCCGGCACGGUCGCUCUCCGAGAAAUCCGUCGCUACCAGCGCUCAACCGACCUACUGCUUCUGAAACUUCCUUUCUCCCGCCUCGUUCGCGAAAUCGGUCUCUCCCUCCUACCCGUCGACGGCGACUCCCUGCGCUGGCAAAGCCAAGCCAUACAAGCGCUCCAAGAAGCCGCUGAAGCAUUCAUGGUACACCUAUUCGAAGACACCAACCUGUGCGCCAUCCAUGCCAAACGGGUCACGAUAAUGCAGAAGGAUGUCCAGCUGGCUAGACGGAUUAGGGGCGCGUGGGGUGGUCUCGGAUAG